CGCGCGCGCGAAAAGGUUUUUACGUACCGUGGAGGGGGCCCUGGGACCUACGCUCCAUGGGCCGGGCCCGUCAUUACCGCUGGUGAACAGUACGUGGAAGGAUCGACGCGCAUCGAACACUCUCGCGCUGCCCGAGAGUGUGAACCAAUUUGUGGUUUCUUCUUUUUGGUUUUUUUUUAUAUUGUGGCGUUUGCUGGCUCCAUUGCCCUUUUACUGUGACCUCUGCAUACUGUGGUGUGUACUCAAGCGUGUGCGUGUGUGAAUAGGACUCGGUGGCCACCGAGGGAGCGCCAAUCUACAGCAUCGAUCAACCUCCAGAUAUUAUCAAUUUGCGCCAACGGGGCCACCUCACUUCCGGUUGAAAUAGACGACACCUAGCAACUACAUUACAGAGUUGAGGGCUGGCAACUCUCAACUCAUCUCGGGGCGUUAUCUAAAGCGUUAAAAUUUCAGUGGAAUUAAACGGUGAAUUUAUCUCACUAUCCCGAUGGCACAAGCAACUGAGUUCGUCAACGACUGCCGCUCAUGGCGAGAAAUCCUGUCGGCGAAGUCGUGCGUCGGCCGCGGUGCCGACGGCGCCCGACCAGCGCCUGGAAGAGACGAUCUUCUUUUACGGAGGCCUAGUCAACCGGAGCGAUCGGAAUGCGUACUCGCCGCUGGACGAGCCACUGCUGCUGCUGCACGCCGCCGCGCCGCCGGACGACGAGGCGGCCGGCUGGCUGAACACCACGACCACGAUGCUGUGCUCGCCGGGGGCGUCGGCUGGCGCGGCCGACGCCAGCACCGACGCGGCCUGGUGGUCGCCGGGAAAGGGCCGGAUGGACGUGGGGCGCACCAGCGCUACAACAGGUGAACGGUCGCCGGGCGACGGGCCACGGACGGCAGCACCCGGCUGCCGGAAUGAGUUUGACAAAGCAACCAGCGCGAGCUUCAGUGGUGCUGAGGCGAGCAUAACUGUACACGACGUAUGUAAUAAGAGCGGCGGCAGCGGCAGCAGCAACGGCGGCAGCGGCCGCCACCACGACAGUAGCGGCGGCUGCGGCGGCCAAUUUUCUAGCGGAGCACGGAGCCAUGUGGCCCCGGGCAGCUGCAGCGGUGGUGGGACCGCUGCAGCCGCCACUCCCGCCGGUGCGCCCGCAGCAGUGCGGCAGCACCAGCCCACCAGCAUCAUCUCCCCCAAGAAACCGUGCGACUACAGUAGCAUCAUUAGCGUUAGAAGCAGUAGCAGUAAUAGCAAUCGAGGCGGCGGCGGCGGCGGCGGCCGGCCAUACGGCCCACCGUCGUACGGUGGCGGUCCGGGGUCCACCACCCCCACCACCACCACCAACACCGCCCUAUCCACAGCCCUGUCACCACCAACACCACCACCCUCACUACUACUACCGGACAUCGACUGGACGAACGAGACGUGCCUGGGAGGUGCCGGGACCGAUCACGACUUUACCAACACGAUCGUCGACGGGCCCGCUAGCCACCAUCUCUGGCUGCGUUCGCCGACCGCCAGCAGCAGCAGCAGCAACAUCACCGACACCGAGCUCGAGCGCAGCCUGGACGAGUACCAGCAUGUCCGGGGCAUGGGGCCGGCCCGUACCGCGCUCGAGACGAGCAUCGACUGCGCGAACCUGCUCGACGAGCUGCAGGUCGAGCUGGCGCAGCCGGCCCUCGCCCUCAGCUCGCCCGUGUCGCUGCACGAGGAGAUCGAGCAGCUGUCGAGCGCGUUCGACUGCGACGCCUCCAACCAUCUGGUGUCGACGGUCACGGCCGCGCCGGCGUCCGCCGCCGCCGCCGCCGCCGCCCUCCCAUUUCUCGGGCUGGCCGCCGACGACACCGAACCGAUCUCGCUCAACAUACUCAAGUGGCUGCAGGAGGACAUCUCGACCGGGCUGCUACCGGAGCAGCAACCGCCUCCACAACCAUCGCCCGCCCAGGACCUGUUCGAGCACAGCCUCGACCAAAUACACAACAUCACCGGGCUUGCCCGGCUCGGCAACAAGGCGACAGCGGCGGCGAGUCGACGUUUCGGUGCUACCAACGCUACUACUGCUGCUGUAACGAACACGACGACGACCACAACGACGACGACGCACAGUGCGGAUCCGCAGCGCGACCACAACUACUUCGCCAUGAAGCGACGCCUCCAGCAGGAGGAAGAGGAGGAGGUGGAGGCACAGGAGGAGGAGGAGCAGGAGGAGAUUAGCCGCAGCAAGACCAGCAAGGUGCCCCGGCUCGCCAGCGACGAAGGUCGUUGGGCGGCGGCCGGCGAGAGCACCAUCUUCUCAGCGCCACCCGCCACCAAUACGAUCUGCAAACAGCUUCAUCAACAACAACAACAACAACAACAACAGACGGCGAACGCAAUGGGCAGGAAGCUGUCCUCCCUUGCCAGCCGCAAGGCGGCCACACUCGCCAUCAACGUGAGCCACAAGACGAGCGAAGCGGCUCCGGCACACUCCACCAUCAAUGGGCAGGCGCUGGCAGCACUGCUGCAGACGACGACGACGACGACUACUACGACCACGACGCCCAGUACCUACGAGCCGUCGCUACGCGUGCCGCCGCUAGCAGCGGCCGCCACACUCAACACGCCCGACCUCACCAACGACAUACUGGAUUUGGAAGAUGAAAAGUUUGAUCUGCUGUCGUUCAUCGACACCAAUGACGAAUCGUUAGAAUUUAACCCCUACCACGCGACCGUCGAGGAGAAGCCGACGCUAGAGCUGCUGGCGUCGCCGGCCGCCAUUACGCCGGCGGGACGGACGCGCACCAUCCUCGCGCCGAAGCAGCCAUCGCAGAAGAAGGAGGGAGGCAGCGAUGCCGAGCGGCAGAUCUGCCAGCUGCUGACGCUGGACAGCCUGCGGCAGCUGACGAGCGCCGCCGAGGAUGUGGCGAACCGUGCCGGCGGCACCAGCGCGUCCCCUACCGGCAGCAGCAGCCAGCACCACAGCGGCAGCAUCGGGCGGCGUACCAAUGCGAGCAGCAGCGCGUGCAGCAUCGGUUCCCGCUCGUCCGCGUCGUCCGUGUGCGGCGACUCGGGCUCGGACGUCUCUUCCAGCACCACCAACACCACCGCCAAGACGCCGAAGCGGCGGGGCCGCCCGCCCAAGCAGGCCGGCACCGUGCGGGACCGGUCGCAGUACCAGCAUCUGAGCGAGGCCGACUGGCGCUACCGGGAGCAGCGGGACAAGAACAACGAGGCGUCCCGGAAGUCGCGCAUCAACCGGAAGGACCGCGAGCUGAAGCUGGAGCUGGAGGCGGACCGGCUGAGCGCCCAGCACCAGAAGCUGUCGUACGAGGAGCGCCGCCUGCAGCAGGACUGCCAGCGGUGGCGCAAGGCGGUCAUGAAGCUGGCCCUGCUGUAAACCCGCCGGCUGUUGGUUGUUGCUGUGAGGUUAGGUCGUGAGGGAGGGGUUUUUGUUUUUCUCCCUGCUUUUACAUAUAUAUAUACAUAUUGUUUAGUACUAAUCUUAAGGCCACUAGCAUAUAUAGGCCACCUACCGUUAUCAACGCGGCGCCAUUUUGCUGCGAGCACGUGGUUGUUUCGUGCGCCAUUUUUUUCUCUGCGGGGCGUGUGAGAUAACCACCGACAACAAGUGGGCGAUUAUCGAUUUUCUGUCCGUCAGUACUUUGUUUUUUUCUUUCUCUCUUCUCACUUACGCCCACGUGCAAUCCUAACCCCCAAAAGUUUCCCAAGCCCCGCAGUGAGCGUGGUUUUAACCUAAAAUGGCGGCAACGCGCAGUGCCGUUUAUCUCGUUUUUGCCCCAGUUUCUCUGUUUUCUGUCGAAUAACGCACGAAUACACGUUUCGGUACGGCAGUUUUGUUUGGUAGGAACGUUCUCUUGUUGUUUUCUUAUUGUGGGGCUUGUAUUUCGUUUUGUUUUUUGUUUUUUGUUUUUCAUUUCUACUACUAUGCCCCACGUCUGUUUGGUGGGUUAGUUGUACCCCGGUGGUGGUUUUAACACUAUGUACUCUGCACAGAUUUUAAAGUAAAGAACGUUUUACGUCCUGUAAUCAACUAA